AAACUCAUCAUUUUCCAGCCACUUUUACUGCAAUAACAAUAAGUAUGAGAUCCACCCUUCUUCUCCGCUGUGCAGUUUUUACUGUGGGGGUUAUUCUUUCCACAGUAAGUGCUGCUCCAAGUCCAACCCCCGUCCAAGUACAAGUAGUCCGUCGACACGUUGCCAAAAGAUCUGCGAACGACGACGACAACGUCGCGUCCUCCUUCUCCGUUAGAGUUUCUGGUCAAGGUCAUAAUUACAAUCUUGCCCUGGAAGCUCCUUCAGCGUCUGUUUUCUCUAAAAGCUUCAAAUACAAUGUCGCGAAAGACGAUGGCAAAGGAAAUGUCAUUUUCGUAGACGACACACCCUCGCAAAAACACCUCCGAGAGAUUGAGGAAAAGUUUUACAUUGAUCAAGAUUCAGACUCUGCCAUGAGCAUCAGAAAUACCGAAACUGGUUACAAAGUACACGGAAUUAUGAAUAAUUUGGCCAUCAUCCCUUCCAAUAAUGACCAAUACAAUGUUUUUACUGUCAAAACUGUUUCACCAGAGUCAAAAUCGAACAACAACGAUUUUGUUGACCUACACAGGAACUUGACAUAUCCCAAAAUUAGCACACGUGCCACCAUUACUGCUGAACCCGAAAUUUGGGUCAUUUUUGAUUAUGAAAACUCGCAACAAUUUGGUCAAGAUCGUACCAAAAUCUUGGACUACUUGGGGGUCUUUUUUCACGCAAUUAACAACCGAUACGCCACUUUCUCCGAGCCCAGCAUUGCUUUCAAAAUUUCUGGAGUGACCACAAUCGCCACUCGCGACGCACAACCUUAUCUGGAAAGCAACAAAGUACCCGACAAAACUGGAAGCGAUAUUGACAAAGUCUUGGACAGCUUUUCUACCUGGGCGUAUACCAACCAAGCUUCUGGACCCAAAUUCGAUAUGGCAGCGGUCAUCAGCGGAGUGGAUCUUCAAAGCAAGGACAGUAGUGGAGUAUAUUCCAAAAGUGUCGCCGGCUUGGCAUAUCUUAGUGCUGCCUGUUGGAAAACUACUACCCGUUGGUAUGCCACUUCGGUGACUGAAGAUUUGGGCGGAUAUUACGACGGCAUGUUUAGCGUUGCCCACGAAUUCGCCCAUAAUUUAGGGUCACCACACGACGGUUCGGGUGAUGCAGCCAGUUGUUCCUGGGACGAGGGUUACAUUAUGAGCUACAAAGGAUGGGGAACAACCAACAAAUUUUAUUUCUCCCCGUGCAGCAUUAACCUUAUGAAAACCUACAUUUCCUCGAACCAGGGGUCAUGUGUUAAAAGCAUUCAAGCGUCGACCAACAUCCCUCUUUCAAAAGAUAACGUGGGAGACCGAUAUGACAUGAAGGCGUUAUGCGUAAAGUACACCAAGCAAUCAAGCGCUGUCCCUGAACCAACCAAAACUCCAGCAGAAUUGUGCAAAAAUCUGUCAUGCAGAUAUCCAACCCCAAACAAGCCGGAAGGCUAUUAUUCCAUCGUCACAUUGAACCACCCUCCAGGUGAUAACACCCCUUGUGGUACUAGUGGGGGGAAAUGCGUUAAUGGAAACUGUGUCACCCCGACAAUUGGUUAAGCCUACGAUAAUCCAAUGUGAUUACUCAAAAUUUCGCUGAUUUUAAAAUUUGAUCAUAAAAUAAAAAGUAAUCUAUGAUGCAAAAAAAUCUA